CCCAUAAAUACCUGAUAAAGGAUAGUAAAAAAGAUUGAAGUUAUUGAGUAACUACUGUAGACUUUACUCCUAUUCACAAGAGAACACCCUAUAUUGUCUACUGCACUUCCAAAAGCUGAACCAGCUACCAGGAAAGAUGAGUGACACAGAAGAAGAUAAUGAGAUCUCUUUUACAGUAAAGUUUAUGGGGCGAGUAGAGGUGGUACGCCCCAACGGACUAAAUAUCCUGGAAGAAGCAGCUGAGAGCCUCAAGUCUCCUGACCCAUAUGCCUUAGAAAAGGCUGCAAAGAAAAGUAAAGUUCAUAUCUUUGUUUCGCUGAGUGGGAUUGACAUUUUGGAGAACAAAACCAAGUUUCUGCUAUACACCUGCCCUUUACCCACAAUUUCCUUCUGCGCUGUCAUGCCUUCGUCGCCCAAAGUGUUUGGCUUUGUGGCCAAGCACCCUGCUGUAGACAUGUACCACUGCUACCUGUUUAAGAGCGAGACUUUGGCACACGUGCUGGUCUCCACUAUUGGCGAUGUUUUCCGAGCUACCAAAAAAGAGGAAAGUUACAAAGGAAGUCGAGACCUGAUAGUUGAAGCCCUCAGACACAAGAAUAAAGUGCUGCAAAAAGAGAAUUCAGAGCUGAAGAGAAGGCUUGCAGACAAAAUUAAUCAACAAUAAUAUUUGGGCUUGGAAUCUUUCUGCAACUGCAGAUUGGUUUACGUUGUACAGAGUUUCAACGUGGAAUCUUUUUAUCUCUGCAGAAUCACCACAUCAUUUUGGACAUGAUGGGUUGUGACCUGACUUUUGAUAUCAGUUUCCUUCCAUUCUUUCGAUGACAAUCAUUUUCCGUCUUUUGUAUUCAGUACAUUUAUUUUACUCUUAAACAAACAUUUUUCUGAUUAAAUGAUUGUUUAACAAGGAUAUGAUUUAUUUGUACAAAUAUUGUAAUAAUCAUGUCUGGGCUAUUUUCAUAGUUGUCUAACUGCUGAUGUGAUUGUCGUAUUUUCUUGGCUCUCUGUUUUAAACAUUGGUAAUGGCAAUUAAAAAAAUAUUAUUGUAUACUCCAAAUAAAAAAAAAAUCCUGAAAACUAAUAGAGAAAAAAAAUGGUUGUAGAAAAACGCAAUGUAUUCCAUUGUUUUAUAGAUUUAAUUCUAACCAAAUAAACCACAUACCAUCUUUGUACUGGAAUAUCAAUAAUAGUUUAUCAUAUGCAUCCGUCAUAGUACAAAAUCCCACAAAACUAC